CUUGGCCUCAUCCAUUUUUCGUUUCUAUUUGAUGUCUUGAGAUCUAGAAGGAAGCAGGGUUUUAUUGAAGUUUAUUCCGUAAUUUUCGUUGAAUUAUACCAGAGGUGCAUCAGAAAAAGCGUCAAGAUGACAACUUCUCCGUACCACAUUGCGUCGCUGCUGGACAAGAUGACAUCAAGUGACAAAGACUUUAGAUUUAUGGCCACAAAUGAUUUAAUGGCUGAACUACAAAAAGAUUCUAUUAAAUUAGAUGAUGACAGUGAAAGAAAGGUUGUGCAAAUGCUCUUGAAAUUGCUGGAGGAUAAAAAUGGAGAAGUACAGAACCUUGCAGUUAAAUGCCUUGGACCUCUUGUUGGUAAAGUUAAAGAAUACCAUGUGGAAACCAUUGUUGACACUCUCUGCUCCAAUAUGCUGUCAGAUAAUGAACAACUAAGAGACAUUUCAAGCAUUGGUCUAAAGACUGUUAUUGGUGAACUACCACCAGCUUCCAGCUCUCUAGCUGCUAACAUUUGCCGGAGAAUCACUGGGAGGCUUACUAAUGCUAUUGCAAAGAGUACUGAUGUUUCAGUGCAACUGGAAGCUCUUGAUAUCCUAGGAGACCUUCUGAGCCGUUUUGGUGGACUGUUGGUGUCUUACCAUCCAUCAAUACAGGCAUCAUUACUGCCACAGCUUAAAAGUCCRAGACUGGCUGUUAGAAAGAGAGCAAUAAUAGCCUUAGGUCACCUUGUCUUGAGUUCAAAUAGCAAUUUAUUUGUUGAACUAAUGGAUCAUUUGUUGAAUGAACUGCAAUUGAACACAUCUCAUUCAACCACAAGAACCUUUAUUCAGUGUAUUGGAGCUAUUUGUCGUCAAGCAGGCCAUAAAGUAGGGGAACACCUUGAAAGAAUCAUUCCAUUCAUUGUGGAGUUUUCACAAGUUCCUGAUGAUGAUGAACUGCGAGAAUAUUGCAUCCAGGCAUUUGAGUCAUUUGUGCAUAGAUGUCCAAAAGAAGUUACUCUUUUUAUACCAAAAAUAAUAGAACUUUGUCUCAAGUUYAUCUGCUAUGAUCCAAACUAUAAUUAUGGUGAUGACAAUGAUGAAAAUAUGGAAACUGAUCAGGAUGAAGAAGAUGAAGAUGAAGAUGAUGAUGAAUACAGUGAUGAUGACGACAUGAGCUGGAAGGUUCGUAGAGCAGCUGCCAAGUGCCUCACCGCAAUCAUUGGAUCCAGACAUGACUUGCUAUCAGAUUUGUAUCGUAAUAUUGCACCUGCACUUAUUGCCAGAUUUAAAGAAAGAGAAGAAAAUGUCAAAGCUGAUAUCUUCAAUGCAUAUAUAACACUGCUACGACAAACACGCCCUGUUGCAGGGCAAAAUGUUGAUACUGAUGCAAUGGAUGAAGACAGUGGUCCACUGAUGAUGCUUCAAUCCCAGAUCGGUAGUGUUGUCAAAGCACUGCAUAAACAGCUCAGAGAGAAGAGUGUCAARACAAGACAGGGAUGUUUUCAUGUCAUGUCUGAGCUUGUUGCAGUCUCUCCUGGUGCUCUCUCAGACCACAUCAGUGCUAUYGUGCCUGGUAUACAGUUUUCACUGACAGAUAAGAGUUCUACAUCAAAUAUGAAAAUAGAUACUCUUGCUUUUCUUGGAUGUAUUUUGGCUCAACAUCCUCCUUAUGUCUUCCAUCCUCAUAUCCCUGUAUUAUUGCCACCUGUUGUCCAUGCAGUUGGUGAUCAGUUUUACAAGAUUACAUCAGAAGCUUUGUUAGUUACACAGCAGCUAGUAAAGGUUAUCAGACCACUUGGUGAGUAUUCACUAGGAUGCUCAAGUAUAUUCUUUUAUCCAGGGAAGUCCCUUUCAGAGGACAACAUAGCCAAUGUUUUGAAUGAAGUUCCACCUUUGAUUAAUGAAAGUGACUUGCAUAUCUCCCAGCUGACAUUAUCCUUAUUGACUGCUACUGCCAAGGUACACACCAAUAGUAUGGCUAAAGCAAGCUCAACAACACUUCCAGCUGUGAUGGAAUUAGUAAAAUCGCCACUUUUACAAGGUGGGGCAUUGAAUGCAAUGCUUACUUUGUUAAUGGAGCUUGUCAAUUCAGGCAUUCAGGGCAUGGCAUUUUCUAAUUUAUUUGAGAUGCUUGUGUCGCCUAUCUAUGCUCCCCAUGGAAGUGGGCAUUCACUACACAAACAGGCAUAUUACUCUAUUGCAAAGUGUGUGGCAGCUCUGACAGUUUCUUGUGCUAAAGAUGGCGAAGGGGUAGUCAACAGAUUUGUCAAAGAUAUCCAGAGUUCUAGAGUGCCUGAUGCUGUCAGGCUAUUCUCACUUCUCUCUCUUGGUGAAAUAGGAAAACAUGUUGAUUUGAGCAGCCAUGGUGACCUAGCCAAUGCAAUCUUAAAUUGCUUUUCAUCACCUUCAGAGGAGAUCAAGUCUGCAGCAUCGUUUGCUCUUGGUAAAAUUGCAGCUGGUAAUCUUCAGUUGUACCUACCGUUCUUGUUAAAGGAAAUAGAGGCAUCACCAAAAAAACAAUAUUUACUGCUCCAUUCCCUAAAAGAAGUCAUUUCUUGUGAAGCAUGUUCUUCUGCUGGUGUGCAAGCAUUAAGACCGUUUAUUGAGUCAAUAUGGGCAUUGUUGUUUAGUCAUUGUGAAAGCACAGAAGAAGGUACCAGAAAUGUUGUAGCGGAAUGUCUUGGUAAACUUACCUUGGUUGAUCCAGUCACCUUGCUUCCACAACUGCAGAAAUAUCUUGAUUCUGGAUCAGCUUUUGCAAGGAGCACGGUAGUGACGGCCGUGAAGUUUACCAUCUCCGAUCAUCCUCAACCAAUUGAUCUUCAACUUAAAUCUUGCAUUGGUCAGUUUCUUCGCACAGUACAAGAUACAGACCUUAAUGUUCGACGAGUGGCGUUGGUGGCAUUUAACUCCGCAGCCCAUAAUAAACCAAGUCUUAUAAGAGACCUUUUGGACAGCAUUCUACCGCAGUUAUACAAUGAAACCAAAAUACGGAAAGAACUUAUCAGAGAAGUUGAAAUGGGACCAUUCAAACAUACAGUAGAUGAUGGCUUGGACAUUAGGAAGGCUGCUUUCGAGUGUAUGUACACCCUUCUCGACACGUGUUUGGAUCGGCUUGACAUAUUUGAAUUUCUUAACCAUGUUGAAGAUGGACUAAAAGAUCAUUAUGACAUUAAGAUGCUGACAUUUUUAAUGUUAGUCAGAUUGGCAUCUCUUUGUCCUAAUGUCGUCCUACAACGUGUAGAUAUUCUUGUGGAACCACUCCGUCAGACYUUACAGACCAAAGUCAAAGCUAAUUCUGUGAAACAAGAGUUUGAAAAACAAGAUGAGUUAAAAAGAUCAGCUUUACGAGCCGUUGUCGCGUUGUUAUCAAUACAAGAUAGCGAUAAAAGUCCUUUGCUUAAUGACUUCCUCGCCCAAAUCAAAUCAAGCCCUGAAUUGUCUGUAAUGUUUGAUGCUAUUCAAAAGGACUCUGGUUCCAGUGAGGCAAUGGAUAUGAGCUAAGUGACUUUUCCUUAGCAUAAAACCACGACAAAUAUGUUUUCGUUUGCAGUAAAUUUAACAAGUAGACCGCAAAUCUUGGGAUCGUGAAGCGUCGAAGAAGCGAUACAUCGUCUCGCCUGAGCAUUUUGUGUCAUCGUUUGGAUGCCAACUCAAACAGAAUGGCAGAAAUUAUUUUCAAGAAUGAUCGUCGCGCACUUCCUCAAAUGGAAUAMUUCGUCCAGACAGGGAAUCCCAAGGUCUAAAAAGUUAUAACUGAUUCACAGUGCAGUUACAAAAUAGAACACUUAAUAUUUUUUCGUAUUUUAAUAUUAUCAGGAUGACGUAAUAGGAAAAAAUAAAUAAAAGUUCAAAAUC